UGACUUGUAUCUCAUUAUUAACACAAGUGUGUUAUUAUGUCACUACCAUUCUGACUUGUAUCUCAUUAUUAACACAAGUGUGUUAUUAUGUCAUUACCAUUCUGACUUGUAUCUCAUUAUUAACACAAGUGUGUUAUUAUAUCACUACCAUUCUGACUUAUAACUCAGUAUUAACACAAGUGUGUUAUCCAUAUGCAUGAUUGUUUGCAACAAUAGACGGGGACGGAACAAUCAGAUUUGUACGGCAACCCGUCUGUCAGCUCUACAACUCCUGUGACAACGGUAGCCUACGGUGGUAACUCCCCUUCGUCUCAACAGUCACUGUCACCAAUGCAGAAAAAAUCUCCCCUGCUGACUUCCUUAAUGGAAGGGUCAUCGGCCUCUGUUGUAAUGACACAAUCGCAGGCUCCUCUUGUUGCAAGUCAGGUAUGGACUCUGGGUCCUCAACAGCAGGUUAUUCAAGGAGCUCCACCCAUUCUUCAACAGCAAGGCCAGCUUCUUCAAAUUAAUAAUCACCAGAUGGCACCAGUUACCACUUCCUUUAAUCAGACCGUGCAAAGGACCCACAUGGUUAAUAACCAGACAAUGAGCGUAUCCCAGGUCAUGGGUCAGCAGCAACAAAUUCAACAGACCUGUCUACGCAGUGGGUGUUCUAAUCCAGCUAUUGAGUCACCAGACUGGGACAAGGAGUACUGCAGUAAUGAAUGUGUGGUCUCACACUGCAGCCUGGGUGGCAUCAAGGCAGGCUUCAAACAGUUUUACCCAAGUCAAAUAGAAAAAAAUCAGCUUAAGAACAAGUUGGGACAGUAUGGAAGCAGUUAUAUUCACAAACGCACAGAUUGGAGGAACAUAUGGUUAGAAGAAUCCGCCUAUAUGUGAUGGUGAGAACCAAUCAGUAUUUAGACAAUGGAUACAUAUUACAUUUAACCCUAAGGUUAGUAGCCACCUAUGAAUUGUAAUACCCCCCUCCCCCUGCUCUGAUGUGAUUGAAGGAAAACAAACUUCUUAACUUUUUUUAACCAAACCAGUAAAGGUAGUUUUGUACCUUAAAAUAAAAUGAGUUUAUUAAUAAAUACCAUUAGGGGAAGGUUGUUACAUGUAAUAAAACUUUCACUGUAUUACCAUCUUGCAAUUUUGAAUAAAUCACCAGGAAAGAUAACAUGGAUAUUGCUCUGUUAGUUAACAGGCUUUCACUAAACUCUUACAGAUACUGCUUAUAAAAGUAAUUACCUGUUACAUUUAAAGGAGAAUUGGUAGUACACUAGCAUAUGCUUGUAAUCCUUCCAAAUUGAUACUUGAGUCGAAACGUUUUUUUAAAUAGAAAACGAAUGAAAAAUGCUAAAACAUUUACCUACUUGAAGGAAGAAAAAAGCUAAGUAUAUAUAAAUAUAUAUUGUACAUUUUGACCCUUCAUCUUGGUGUAGGAUUGUCUGUAGCUUUACUACUUGGGGCAUGUAUUGUUGAAAUUAUAAGUAUUUUUAACUAAUGUUGAGUGAGACAAGAACCUGGAAUUUGAAAAUUUGUAUUAAUUUCUUGUGUAUUUGUUGUAUUGGUGUUUGUAUCUUGUGUAGUAAUGGGAAAAACCCACUAUGUAGACUUUGCUCAGUUGUUUUUCUAUGCUGAGCAGAAAAUUAUAACAAUAUUUUAUGAAUUUUUAAUUCUAAUUUGAAGAUUAAUAUAUCAGAAUAAUUAAACUGAAAUCAUACAAAUAAUUUAAAUGUAUUGUUUUCAGGUGUUGUAGAGUAGAAAGGGUUUCAUAAACCAAUUUGAAAAGUGUUUACAUGAGAGGGUUAUGUCUAAAAUUAUGCAGAUAUUUCAUGUUUGUCAGGUACAGUGAUUGAGGGAUUCUUAUCAUUGGAUGUUUUGAUAGAAGCCUGGCUAAUGGGAGUGAAAAGUUUAAAAAAAUUAUUUUCUAUAAACAGUUAGGCAGAACAUGUACAGGAAGUGGUCUUGUUUGAAUUCCAGUUGUUGCCAUUAUUUGAAUUUAUUAGUACACAUGUAAAUAUUUCAAAUAGUUCUACUUCAAAUAUAUAUAUAUAUAUAUGUGCACUGGGCGAAAAAAAAAGAUUUUAAAUAACUGUUUUAGAACUUCAGACCAAGUAUAUUUUAUUUUAUCCUGCAAGUUGUAUUCUGGUAUUCCAAAUGCAUCCUGUGGUGAGCAUUUAUGUCUGAACUUUGUCUUGUGUGUAACUAUUUAAAAUAAACUUAAGUAAAUAAACAGA